ACGCCUGUUUCCUGACCACAGUCUCCUCAGACGGCGUCGCAGCAGCACUCUCACCCGAGCCCAGCUGCCUAGAACCAGCCCAGCUGCCUAGAACCAGCCCAGCAGCAGCACUCUCACCCGAGCCCAGCUGCCUAGAACCAGCCCAGCAGCAGCACCAGCCUCAAGGAGCUGUCUGUUGAGCCACACACCGAUUGUUUUGGAAGGAGGGGCAGGCUAGACGAGAAGAGACGAGAAGAGACGAGACGAGACGAGACGAGACGAGACGAGAAGAGCACCAUGAGAGCGUUUCUACUCUUCAUCUCAUACGCCGCGCUGCUACUGAUGCUGUCAGACCUCAGCGUGGCAGGAAAUAAAGAACUUUUAGUCACCACUAUAAAGCAAGACCCGUACACCAUGGCCAAGGGCUCCCAGCUGGAGGGCUACUGCAUGGACCUGCUGUCCGAGCUGGCCAAGAAGCUGGGCUUCAGGUACAAGGUGCACCUGGUGAAGGACGGCUCGUACGGACGCGUCGACGAUAGCGGCAACUGGAACGGCAUGAUUGGGGAGGUCAUAAGAGGGGAGGCAGAUUUGGCCGUGGCUCCCCUGACCCUGACGGCGGCGCGUGAGCGAGUGGUGGGAAUGACCAAGCCCUUCAUGCAGACCGGCAUCAGCAUCCUGCUCCGCAAAGACAUCGUGUCCGAGGAGGCCGGGCUCUUCCACUUCCUGUCGCCUUUCUCCACAGAGACCUGGGUGGGCGUGCUCAUCGCAUACCUGCUGACCGCCGGCUGCUUCUGCGUGGUGUGCAGGCUGAGCCCGCGCGAGUGGCGCCACCCAGAGGCAGAGGAGAAUCACUUCACACUGCUGCACAGCCUGUGGUACGCCGCGGGAGCACUCAGUCUGCAAGGUGCAGGGCCGCACCCCCGGGCGGUGUCGGCGAGGGUUAUCAGCUGCACCUGGUGGCUGUUCGCGCUGGUGUUGCUCUCCUGCUACUUUGCCAACCUUAGCUCCUCCCAGCCGCCCGACUCCGCCCACCUGAUGAUCAAGGGCUUCGAGGACUUGGCCAAUCAGGACAUCAUCGAGUACGGCACGCUGUCCGGAUCCUCCACACUUGCCUUCUUCAAGAACUCCAACAACCCUGCAUACCGGCGGAUCUAUGAGCACAUGGAGAGGAGGAAGAGCUUUGUGUCGUCGAUGGACGAAGGUGUCCAGAGGGCCAAGGACGGGAACUACGCCUUCAUCGGGGAGUCGGUGUCGCUGGACCUGGCCGUGGCACGCUACUGCGAGCUCGUCCGAGCGCAUGAGGUCAUCGGGAUGAGGGGCUACAGUAUCGUCACACCGCUAGGCUCUCCCAUGCUGAAGAACUUGAGCAUCGCUGUGCUGCAGCUGAGUGAGGCAGGUGAGCUGGCCUACCUGCGCAGCAAGUGGUGGGCCAGCAGCUGCAUGGCCAGCGGAGGUCGAGGGUCAGGGGUCAAAGGUCACGGCCUGCGCGGCAUCUUCCUGCUGCUCGCGGUUGGCCUCGGGGUCGCACUGCUCAUCGCCCUGCUGGAGCUCACCGCACGAUCCCGCCACCGAGCACAGGAGCAGAGGAAGUCCUGCUGCACAGUGCUGUCUCAGGAGCUGAGCCAGCGUUUAAGAGGCGGGGGUGUGAGCAGCCAAGAGGAGAUCGCAGAGAAGAGCAAAGCCUGAAAACACACACGCCACACCACCACACACACACACACACACACAGACACGCCACACACACACCAGAGAA